CCCAACAACAAAAAUGUGAGGUUAGGUUUUCAGUUCUGUCAGUAUCAGCUGUUCUUAAAAAAUUCAAAAAAUGUCCUCAACGAAGCCCCUUCUGCAACUUGUGACAGUUUCAUCAUUUGUGCAACCGAGUUUUUGGAACAAAUUAUCCGAAUUAAAAAUUAAUGUUGACAAAUUAAACGAUGAUGAACGCCAAAUCUAUGGUUUCUUCUCAAACAGCCCUACAACGUGGACCACACAUAUUGUGGAAGUGGACAGCACAUCAUUUAACACAACGCUUAAUUCACAAAACAACAACAUUCCAUUUCAAGGAAAAAUAUUCAAUAAAAACACAAUUGAACAGUUUAAAGAUUGUGACAAAACCAAAAUGAUUAACGAAGAAGGUAGACGGUUUUUGGAAGAGUUGAAAAGUGGAAAGGUUUUGGAGAAGCCCUAUCUGAUGAACUUCUUUUUUAUUUUGUCAUUCAGCGAUCUUAAAAAGUUCCAUUUUUAUUAUUGGUUUGCAUACCCAGUUCCCCAUAAUCUGGAAAUUUCAGUAGAAGGAAUUAGUCCUAUUUCAGAGCAUUUUACAGAGGCUGAAGUGGCGUCUUUAAGUACUGAAUAUACCCGACUAGAUCCUCACCAAAAGCCAUACUUUUUAAUCCAUAAUAAAAAACUCCAUACUUACCACUCGAAACUGAGCCAAGUCAGUGAGAAUAAUUGCCAGGAGUAUUAUUUUGCUUUUGCAGAUUACAUCAACAGUGGCCAACAUCCGAAAUCUCAAAUAAAGAACUACAUUAUUUUCUUGUUACAUCAUUGCCCUUUCCUUGGAGGUAAAACUUUAAAUUUUCUGUUGUUCUUCUUGGACCGUAAAUUAUCCUGCUGUCAAAGUUUAAUCUAUAAAUUAACUCUACCUCAAUGCAACUCAACAAUCGAUGAUAUUAUUUAUGGGGGUGGCGACAACGCGUGGGCUGGAUGGGAAAAAAAUGAAAAAAAUAAAUUUGCACCACGAUUUUCUAACAUGCGAACAACGAUGGAUCCUCAAAUAUUAUUUGAAGAAAGUGUUGAUCUAAAUUUGAAACUGAUGAAGUGGCGUCUUCUCCCUGAUAUUAAUUUAGAUAAAAUAAAGAACGCAAAAUGCCUUCUUCUAGGCGCUGGAACUUUGGGAUGUUCAGUAGCAAGAAAUCUUCUUGGGUGGGGUGUUAGAAACAUCAACUUUGUGGACAAUUCAACGGUUUCUUACUCAAAUCCAGUUAGACAACACCUGUUCACUUAUGAAGACGCAGUUAAAAGUAAACCAAAGGCUGAAGCUGCGGCUGAAAGUUUGCACAAGAUAUUUCCCUCAAUAAAUUCUCAAGGUCAUCAAUUUACGAUACCAAUGCCUGGGCACAAUGUUGGUGAAAGUACUGUUGAAUCUGUGAAGAAAAGUGUAGAGGAUUUAGAAAAACUCAUUCAAGAACACGAUAUUGUUUUCCUUUUGACUGACUCCAGAGAGAGCCGCUGGUUGCCUACAUUACUCGGCAUAUUCCAUAAUAAAAUAGUAAUAAAUGUUGCUUUGGGCUUCGAUACUUACUUGAUCAUGAGAUAUGGUCGCAAAGAUAUUGAAGAUAAUGUUAAAGAAGUACAAACUCAUUCGGCAUUUAAAAGAAUAUCCGGAAACGAACUCGGAUGUUAUUUUUGCAAUGAUGUUACUGCUCCAGGAAACUCUCUAAAGGACCGAACUCUUGACCAGCAAUGCACCGUCACCAGACCUGGAGUCUCCUCAAUCGCAGGAGCUUUGUCUGUUGAGUUAACCGUUUCACUGCUUCAACAUGAAGAAGGCAUUAACGCACCUGCAUUUUACAAAACUGGUCCCCAGCACGAAAUGAAUUUUACCGACGACCAAGGGGGCGUUUUAGGAAUAUUACCUCACUCGAUUAGAGGAUUCUUAUCAAGUUUUAUGCACGUUUUACCUGCCACACCAAAGUAUAAUCAAUGCAUUGCUUGCUCUAGUAUUGUUCUAGAAGAGUACAAGGCCAAAGGUUUUGCUUUUCUUCUCGAAACAUUCAACAGCAACAAUUAUCUGGAGAAUUUAACUGGACUCAGCAAAUUGUUUGCUGACAGCAAUUAUGCUGAUGUAUUGGAAUUAAGUGAUGAAGAAUGGGAGAAUUAACUUACAAAGAAGUUUCGGAGAAACGCCUUAGGCCGCCUUUGCUUACGUUAUUUAAGUACUAGCAAGCAUUUUUUAUGUACAAACAUUAUAUGAAUGUAUUUAUUACAAUUUAAGAAAUAAAUCUCAAUCGUGGAAAAAA